AUGGCUAUCAACGAUGCUGCUCAGCGCCGCAGGAGGUCCUGGAUAUUGGUGGGUGCGGGUUUUGUCGGUGUCGCGGCUCUGAUAACUACAAUUGUCUUGGUUGCGGUUUUCUGUGGUAGCGAGGACCCUAUAUCCGAGCGGUACAAGUUGACCACCUUCGACGCCAUGGGAAACAAGAAGGUCAUGGACAUGACACCCGACCAAUUUUUCCAGGCCAUGAAGGAGAACACGGCGUUCAUGCUUGGCGACGAUCGCGUCCAAAGCGAGGCCCUAUACGGAUGCAUCCUGGACAUGACGAAGAGUCUCGGGGAUUGGAAGGUAGCCGCUGAUGAAGCUGCAGCGAAGGCCAAAGCUGAGGAAGCAGCCGCCGGUGAAGAACAACCCGCUGAAGUUGCACCUGCUGAGGCACCCAAGGAAACCACUGGCUGCUGCAGCACACCGGAGAAGGUCGCAGACACGCCCCAAGCUCCGGCGACGAUGGUAGAGGCCAGCAGCACCGGUGCACCGGAGAAGCCCGUGGAGAUGACGGAGUCUCCGGCGGCAACCCCAACUUCCACCGCCGAACCUGGGAUCCCAACUGCUCCAGGUGACGCAUCCGGCUUGAGGGGGACCUCCACUGGUGCGCCGGUUAGUUUAAGACGCCGAAUAGCUUAUCGCAUUGCAGAACGUUUAGCGCAGAGACGUGACAACAGAGAGGCUGUGGUCACGUCCGGUCUAGGAGAUUACAUGUGGAACUCAAUCGCUGCGAUAGUGGAAGCCAUCGACAGCGCCGUACCGCUGCAUUUGUGGCGGGACACCUACGAAGGCGACCUAGACAUAGACGAGACCAUGUAA